AUGUCAACCGGACUCCUUCCAGCGCCCCCUGGUAUAACACCAGAUUUAAAUCCAUCUGCUCUGUCAAGUACCCAGGUGGCUUUCAUUAUUGCAUACACCAUCACACUUGCUCUGGCUAGUAGUACUCUUGCUAUCCGAUUGUACACAAGGAUUAGUAUCAUGAACUCUUUUGGUUUGGACGAUGUUGUGAUUAUUCUUGCAUAUGCAUGUUCAAUUGCAUAUUUUGCUAUCAGUGUCGAUUGCAUGAGAUAUGGAUUUGGUAGACAUCUAUGGGAAGUUACUGCUGAACAGAUGGCGCUCUAUCUUACAAAACUCAGCCCUAUGGUAGCUACCUACGCUUGGGCCCCCGCAUUCACCAAAUUAUCCAUUCUCAUCCUUCUUUAUCGACUCAAUCCAAGCAACUACUUCCGCAUAGGUUGUUGUCUUGUUGCCGGGAUAAUUCUAACCUACACUCUCGCCAUAUCUCUAAUAAUAGCUAUCCCAUGCAUUCCCACGAACCCCGCAAAUGGUGCAUGUCUCAACAAAUGUGGGCUCUGGCAAGCAAUCUUCAACAUUCUUACAGAUGCAGCCAUUCUUAUACUUCCAUCACAUAUGCUGUAUCUUUUGAAGUUGCCGUUGAGGCAGAAAUUGGCGGUUGCAUCGAUUUUUUCGGCGGGUAUUUUUGUGAUAAUCAUAUGUAUAGUCCGUAUAACAUACAUCAUGGCGCUUCAAAAUAAUCCAGAUGUACUAUACACUCAAGGCAGAGCAGCAGUAUGGUCAUCUGUAGAAAUAAACAUCGGCAUUUUCUGCAACACACUUGUCGUUCUCCGUCCUUUCAUCCGUCAAUACUUUCCCGGUCUCUUCUCGUCACACCUCAUAUCUGACGAUCCCCGUCAAACACCCGAUCCAGAAGUGAAUCUCGAAUCUAGAAAGCGAAGGAUCGGAAAAUUGAGGAAGAAGAAUUCGUUGACUCUUACAACAAUGGAUCAUCAGAUGGAUACAAUGGAUAAACAAUCGGGGAUAACGAGGGAGUUUGAGGUGAGUGUUGAGAGAAGUGGUGGAGAGAGUACUAGCGAUGAGAGUGGAGGAAAAGAGAGGGAGAGGGAAGAUGAAAAGGAGAGUAUGGAGAGAAUGAUUAGGCGGGUGAGUGUAGAUGUAGAUGGAAGUGAUAGGCUGUGA